AUGGUAAUUUUCGAUUAUUAUUUAUUGGGAAAUCGUAUUGGUACAAUACUCUAUGCGAUUAUUUAUUUCUUAGGAUUUAUUGGUAAUAUACUUGCACUUAUUACAUUUUCCAGUCCACGUAUGCGUCAAAUUUCUAGUAGUAUAUUUCUACUUAUUCUUUCAAUCAGUGAUUCUAUUGCACUUGUAACAUCCUUAUGGUUCUUUUUGGCUGACGCAUUUUCUAUCCAAUUACAAAAUUAUUCUGCACUUGCAUGCCGUUUUCGUACAUUUUUUGCAUAUGUUUUUAUGGAUCUAUCAUCAUGGUGUAUAGUCGGUUUAGCAUUUGAUCGUUUUUUGCGUACAGAAAUUCCUUUACAUUCUAAGAUAAUAUGCACUCCACGUAAUGCAUUAAUAAUGAUUUCAAUAUGUUUUAUUCUAUUAUGUGGUAUUAAUGGACAUUAUUUUUCUCCAGGUAUUGGACAAGAACGUGGUGGAAAUCGAACAACAGCACAUUGUUUAGAAAAUCGUGAAGCAUAUCCAAAAUAUUAUUAUUUUUAUAAAAUAAUUUGGCCAAAAAUAGAUAUGAUUGUAUUUUGUUUUUUACCUGCUUGUAUAAUGAUAUUAUGUAAUGUACGUAUUAUUUAUAUACUUCGACGUAAUCGUCAUCAUUUUGAAAAUCAAGGAAAUAAAAAUGAACAAAUGAUGAAAAUAACAAAUAUUCAUAAAAAAUUAAAUGGCACUAAUCCUAUAAAACGAACUCCAUCACAACGAAAAGCCAUUGAACGACAAAUGUCAUUAAUGAUGUUAUCAUGUGUUAUUGUAUUUCUUUGUACAACAGUGCCUGUAACAAUCUAUCUUAUUUUUAUUGAACAAGUUAUUAUAAGUUAUCCAAAUUUUGCACGUGAUAGUGCAUAUUAUAUAUUUAUAUUUCGUAUGCUUCGUGCAAUAAUGUAUAUGCAUUUUGCUUGUAAUUUUUAUUUAUAUUGUUUAACAAGUCAAAUAUUUCGUGGAGAAUUUUUACAAACAAUAACAUGUCAAAAAUUUAAGUUUAAAACAAGUCAAGAUGGUACCAGUCUAGGAUUAAAUAAAAUGUUUGAUACAUCAACUGUGUAA